UCAGAUAUUGCAAAUUACAAAGCCAUGGGAACUAAGCCAUGGGAAUCUAAUUCAACAAUAUUUUCUUCACAAAUUACGGAAAUAUGCCAUCGAAAGUUUAAAACUAUUGGCAAAAAUGGUAAACCAGUGGCUUUCCAAAAUGAUUUAGAGUGGACUGUGCUUGCAGGAAUAGUUGCUACAGCUUUAAAUCAGUCGCCAAAAGAUGCAGAAUUAUAUAUUAACUCAUAUAGCAGCAAUAUUGAUUCUCAAAAUUGUGACACUGUGAGGGGAGAUCAGAUCUCUGAUGAUUCUAAUAGCAAAGUUAAAGUUUUUAAAAUGAAGGAUGGAUUCCGGCGAGGCAGAAUUGAUUAUGAAUCUUUUGGAGUCUUGAGAACAAAACCAGUAGGAUUACAAUCAGCUCUGUUAUCUGAACUAAUAUCACCUAUUUAUUUAUCAUCUAUUACUGUGGGUGAUAUGUUUUAUUUAAAGGAUUUGAAUAGAGCAUUAUAUGAAAGAAUAGAGGGUUCUGAGUCAACAGAAGUACUUGUAUCUGGAAGAAAGCAAGGAGCCACUAAAUCCAAAAAAACUGGUCUUUAUUUAUCUAAAGCUAG